UCUUGUUGCGGAAGGGUUACUACUACUGCUUCUAGCUCACCUGAAGUAAUGCAACACUUGCUCAUUAGGAACUAUUCUCGUCGGUCUUAGGCAGACACGGUUUCACUUUCCACAGUAUGACCGUAUUAUGAUUUCCCUUCGUAGAAAACUGCGGAUAGAUUGUCAAAUUCAGGUUUGAUAAAGACUUCUAGCGAGUCAGAGGAAGUCCAAAAUGAGUACUAAGGAUGUAUUGAAGAAUGCGUCCACUCUAGCAUCGUACAAUGUGUUGUUACAGGUGAUGUUUCGUGUUCUCACCUUCUUACUGAAUGCGUUCACACUGCGGUUUGUGUCCAAAGAGCUGAUUGGUGUUGUCAAUGUCAGGCUUACACUAUUGUACUCCACAUUAGUAUUUUUAUCCAGAGAAGCUUUCCGGAGAGCCUGCCUGAGUGGGGUAUCAGGGACCAACCACAGCUGGAGACAAGUUAUAAACCUGCUGUGGCUGACGUUGCCUCUGGGUGUGUUAUGGGCAUCCCUGCUGGUCUGUGUGUGGCUGUGGCUCCUGGAGGUCCCAGACCCCCAGACUGUCCCUUACUACGGCCCUGCUGUGGUGUUGUUUGCCCUGUCCGGAGUGCAGGAGCUCCUGGCCGAGCCCCUCUGGGUCCUGGCUCAAGCUCACAUGUUUGUCCGCCUGAAGGUUGUCGCAGAGAGCUUAGCAAUGAUCGCGAAGUGCAGUGUCACUGUGGUGCUGGUGGUGUUUGCCCGUGAAUGGGGCCUUUACAUCUUCUCUGCUGCUCAUUUGGUGUACACAGGAUUCCUGGUGCUGUGCUAUGCUGUUUACUUCAUUCAUUUUUUGGGCUCUAAAGAGGCACCCAAGAAGAGUUUCCCCCUGCGCCAUGUUGGAGAUCUCUUGCCCUGUAGAGCUGAUGGAGAGCCGCUGGUUGAUUGGACUCUGGCCCGGCUCACGUGGAGCUUCUUCAAGCAGUCCUUCCUGAAGCAGAUCCUGACAGAGGGCGAGCGCUACGUCAUGACCUUCCUGAACGUCCUCAGCUUUGGAGACCAGGGAGUUUAUGAUAUAGUCAAUAAUCUGGGCUCCAUGGUGGCUCGCUUCAUCUUCUUGCCUAUCGAGGAAAGCUUCUACAUCUUCUUUGCCAAAGUGCUGGAGCGAGGACGUGAUGUCAAAAGUCAGAAACAGGAAGAAGUUGCCAUUGUAGCAGAGGUGUUGGAGUGUCUGCUAAAACUGGUGCUGGUGAUUGGUCUCAUUAUCACAGUGUUUGGUUACGCCUACUCUCACUUGGCCCUGGACAUUUAUGGCGGCUCUCUACUGAGCAGUGGGGCAGGGCCCGCUCUGCUGCAGUGCUACAGCUGCUACGUUCUCCUACUCGCUGUAAACGGUGUAACAGAGUGUUUUGUAUUUGCUGCCAUGAGCCAAGAAGAGGUUGACAAGUAUAACUUGGUGAUGCUCGCUCUGUCUGUGUCUUUCCUGUUCCUGUCCUACAUGCUGACGUGGUGGGCUGGCGCUGUGGGCUUCAUACUGGCAAACUGUCUCAACAUGGGCCUCCGCAUCUUGCACAGCCUGCUUUACAUACACCACUACUUCCAGUACAGUCAAUGGAAACCUCUGCGAGGCCUGUUGCCCUCCCCACUCCUACUACUGGCACUUGCUGUCAGUGCCGUUGUCACAGCGCUGUCUGAGGGUGUGUUCUGCUGCGACAGCGGCUGGUUGUUAAGGCUGGUUCAUAUCGGCGUAGGAGCAGCGUGCCUGCUCGGUGUGUUUGUAGCUGUUCUUCUCACAGAGACUCGGCUUAUUCAGUUUGUGAGGACUCAGCUCUUGCCCCGAUACGCAAAGAAAAGAACUUGAAUUAGACUGGAAGUGGGUGUACUGGACUGGAAGAAAGUUUCACUACAAACGGAGCUACAGAUUGACAGUUACUGACUGUGUGAAAACAACGAGGGAACGACUUUUCAAAAUAUACCUCACAUGUGUGAAUGUGUGUUGUAUGUUUUCACUGAAACAUUCCUGUGUUGACACAUACAACAAACUGAUUAUUACUGUUUUGGGAUCUAAUUGUAUUGUAAAUGAAUGUAUUUUAACAGUUGAAUUUGUUACAGGAGUAGAUUGUCCUACAAAAUAAAACAAGGCAACCUAA